GGAGAACGGAGAGACCCGUUUAUAAGAAUAAGAAAAGGAGGCGGAAUUGAUUGAUUCAAAUGCAGAGCGCUAAGCUUCAAGCUGCUGACGAACUCCGUCAAGACAUGUCCUGCACAACAGAGAGGCAGUAACAGGAGGGUUUUUGCAGCCUUCAUCAGAGUUUCACAAGCCAGUAGUUCGGCUGUUGCCUGUGCAAAGGCCAGACCAUGUGUGUGACUGCCCAGCAGGUAACGUUGAGGUUUCACCCGGCGCAGUUGUGGCUCUUGUAACCAUAAAUGGCUGUUAUAACCUUGCACUGCCAGUGGUGAGCUGCACCAGCUGUGACCUAAUGUGGUCCCCCUCAGUUAAGGACAUCCUGGGUAGUGGAUAUUGGCCUGGCACCUUAAAUUUCUGCACCCUGUUUUCAAUGGAUGUCUUUCAGUCUUUCUAUGACAUUAAGAAGGCUGCACCAGGGAUGUCACUUAAGGCAUUUGUCAAAAUGCUGGAUGAAAGAACAGCCCAUUUCGGAAGGACUGGCCGAAUAUCAGCUGAUGCCUUCAGUAAAAGCUUUGUGGAGUGGAGUGCUGUUUGAGAUGGACAGGAUGUGCAAGGAGCCAUGCGUUAGCUGCCCUGCCUGCACUCCAGACGUGCUUGCCGUCUCAGUUGAUGGAAACCGUAAGCUUUAUCGCUUUCAAUCUAAUGCAAGCACUUCAGAGCAGGCGAACUUUGAAGGUGUCUUCAUUGAAAAAGAUGAGGAAGUUGCUGAGUUUAUGAAAUACAUCCAGAGACACACAAAUGAUGCUCUCAUUUGGAAAUGCGAGAUCAAAUGGGGAGGUGCGUUUCAGGAUGGGGCCGGUUCUACAGUUGGAAAAGAGGUGGGACAAGUAAACAGUUUCCUGUCUAGGGCGGCCAUUGAAGUACAAAAGCAGGGCGAACAGACAUGCUGACCCUCCUGGCUUUGGGGUGGACCAAAAGGAAAGUGGAACAACUGGGCCGCAGUUUGAGCCAGAGAUAUCUCAAGAUCAUAAGGAUCCUUAGAGAACAAGUGGAGAGCCUGAAUGCGACCAAAAAUGAGCUGGGUGUGGAUGACGACACACUGCAGCAAUGGGUGGCCGAUGUGCAGAAAUGGGCUGAAGAAAGUGAUCAAACUGAUGGCAGCCUUGGAGCGUUGCAGGCACGAAUAGAAGAGCUUGUCGUCAUCAUCAGAGUGCGAACACAAAGUCUUUACAGACAAAAUGAUAGCAACAAGAGGCGACACAGAAUUCGCAAGGUCAUCUUAGAUGAGAAGAAACGCUUGGCGGCUGCUGUUGACGACUACAACAAGCUUGCUGAACCAACAAAGCAAAUCGUAUCCAGUGAUGCCCUCAUGCAGACCGACAUUUGGCCCUGGCAGAGCACAAGUGAACCCUCCCUUGUUGGCAUGUCGGAGGAUGCACAGAAGGGACUCCGUAGCCUGGUUUUAAAAAAACAAAGUGAACUGAAAGUUGAAAUGCUCAAAGUAAAGGACAUGUACAAGAGAAUCCUCAGCUACCAACCACUCCUGGAAAUGGACUCGGAGGAGGAGGAGGACAUUCCAGACAAUGCCACUGAGAGUGAUUUGAGCACUUCUGAUGAAGACUGA